AUGGCGAGUGAAGCCAUGCCCAACCCUUUCGCUCCUCUCACCAACCAGCCGCAGCAGCAGCAGCCGCCGUCCCAUGAACACCCUGCCGCUCCUCCCCCGAAGAAGAAGCGCAAUCUCCCCGGCACACCAGACCCUGACGCGGAGGUGAUCGCGCUGUCGCCGCGGACGCUGAUGGCGACGAACCGGUUCGUGUGCGAGAUCUGCGGCAAGGGGUUCCAGCGCGACCAGAACCUGCAGCUGCACAGGCGCGGCCACAACCUCCCCUGGAAGCUGCGGCAGCGGAGCGGCAAGGAGCCGAGGAAGCGCGUCUACGUCUGCCCCGAGAAGAGCUGCGUCCACCACAACCCGUCCCGCGCGCUGGGCGACCUCACCGGGAUCAAGAAGCACUUCUGCCGCAAGCACGGCGAGAAGAAGUGGAAGUGCGACAAGUGCGCCAAGCGCUACGCUGUCCAGUCCGACUGGAAGGCCCACUCCAAGACCUGCGGCACGCGCGAGUACCGCUGCGACUGCGGCACCCUCUUCUCCAGGCGGGACAGCUUCAUCACGCACCGCGCCUUCUGCGACGCGCUCGCCGAGGAGACGGCCAGGCUCACGGCCGCUAGUUCAGGCGCCGCGGUGGCGGCCGUGCCGUCCAUGUGCGGCGGCGGGCAAGGAUACCUCUUCGCCAGGCCGAACAGCAUGAUGCUCCAGCCGCCGCUCACCGCGCACCUCAAGCCUGCCGCCGCAGGAGGGCAGAUACUCGGCCACGCGGCGGGCGCCGUCGGGGACCCGCUCUGCGACGGCGCCGCGGCGAGGCACGGAGGGCUCUCGCUGUGGGGCAGCGACAACACGCUGCCGUCCUCCAUGGGCCACCACAUUGGCGGUCUCCUGUCGUCCGGUGGUGGUGGUACUGGCGCGCCAAUGCCAAUGCAGAUGUACGCGGAUCUCUUCGCGCCGAGCUCCGGUGCGCCGCCUCAGUUCGACAUGGCGCAGCUGAGCUGGCUGUACGGGAACAACGGCGGCAACGGGAAGCUCUCGUCAUCUAACGCCAGCGAGCUGACGACUAACUCCUCCAGAGAGGCGGACAGCGCGCCGUCCGUGUUCAGCGGCCAGCAGCACGCGAAGCCGGCCGCGGCGCCCACCGACAUGUCGGCGACGGCGCUGCUGCAGAGAGCCGCGCAGAUCGGCUCCGUCACGUCCUCCAACACCUCGAUGCCGCUCGCGGGGGCCUUUGAGCAGGUGCCUAACUCCGCCGGGCGGAUCGACGAGCGCAGCAAGUUCGACGACAGAGCUCUUUUCGGCGCGAGCCAGCACAAUGCUAACGUCCCCAGCGCAAUGGGCGAGCUCUCGGCGGCCACCGGGAACGUGCCGUACGACGUGUUCUCGGCGGCGCGCCACGCCGGCCUCAAGGACGCCGUCGGGAGGGAGGAGACCAGGGACUUCUUGGGCGUCGGCAUGCAAGCGCUCUGCUCAUCAUCGAUAAAUGGCUGGAUUUAG